UGAAGCGGCUGCAUUCUGAAGUGCUGCAGAAACUAGUUAAAAGAAAGAUAAGUGAAACGUGACUAAGUAAAGAACCGUUCAACGCUCAAAUUGUUUUUGUAUUAAGCUGUUAAAGUUACUUGCGACCGAUUUGCCUCUGCACAUGUUUCAAAUUGUGUGAUGCCAGUACGUUCUGCUAAUCCGAUACGCGCUAGAAGUUUGAUCCGAGACAAUUUGGAGAAACAGGCUGGUUGUCUAAAUCUAAUACACUCCAGAAUGCCAAACAUUAAAGUGUUUUCGGGCACCUCGCAUCCGGAUUUGGCGCAGCGUAUUGUCGAUCGCCUUGGCAUCGACCUGGGCAAAGUGGUCACCAAGAAGUUUAGCAAUUUGGAAACAUGCGUCGAAAUCGGGGAAUCGGUGCGCGGCGAAGAUGUUUAUAUCGUGCAGUCCGGUUCCGGGGAGAUCAAUGAUAAUUUAAUGGAGCUGCUGAUCAUGAUAAAUGCAUGCAAAAUAGCAUCAGCCUCUCGUGUUACAGCUGUGAUUCCUUGCUUUCCAUAUGCCCGCCAAGACAAAAAAGAUAAGUUGUCGGGCGGUGAGGAGAAAGACGAAAGCAAGAAACUUGCCAAGAAAAACUACGAUUGGAAAUUUAGGAGCCGUGCGCCCAUCUCGGCGAAAUUGGUCGCUAAUAUGCUAUCAGUGGCCGGUGCGGAUCAUAUUAUAACCAUGGAUCUACAUGCCUCACAGAUUCAGGGUUUCUUCGAUAUACCAGUUGAUAAUCUCUAUGCCGAGCCGGCGGUACUCAAAUGGAUCAAAGAGAACAUUCCCGAAUGGAAAAAUUCGAUUAUCGUAUCGCCCGAUGCCGGCGGCGCCAAGCGUGUCACCUCCAUAGCGGAUCGCUUGAACGUGGAGUUCGCGCUGAUACACAAGGAGCGCAAGAAGGCCAACGAGGUGGCCUCCAUGGUGCUCGUUGGUGAUGUUAAGGAUAAGAUUGCCAUAUUGGUCGAUGAUAUGGCCGAUACAUGCGGCACCAUUGUCCAUGCCGCCGAUCGUCUCGUCGAAGCGGGCGCUACCAAGGUGUAUGCCAUACUGACGCACGGCAUUUUCUCGGGUCCGGCGAUUUCGCGCAUUAAUAAUGCCUGCUUCGAGGCGGUCGUUGUGACCAAUACCAUACCGCAGGAUGGACACAUGCGGGAUUGCCCCAAAAUACAGUGCAUUGAUGUGUCCAUGAUGUUCGCCGAGGCAGUUAGACGGACACACAAUGGCGAGAGCGUCUCGUAUCUCUUCUCAAAUGUUCCAUAUUAAGCGUUAAAUCCAAAUGCAGCAACAACUAAAACAACAACAACAACAACAACAACAAUAACAACAAGAACAUCAGCAUAACAGAAUGAACACAACAAACCAAUCAAUUUUCAAAUCGCAGCAUCUUUUGCCAUCAUUCAUCGUUAUAUAUUUUUUAUUAUCUGCUAACUAUGAGAUAAACAACAACAACAACAACAACAACAACAAAAACACUAAUCGUCAUUAUGUAAUUAUAUAAAGUAGCAUAAAGUACAUUACAACAACAACAACAAU